UUCAACCUAGCGGAACAGCUCGGAAACCUGUAUGUUCAAAGCUCACUGCGUCCAAUAUGUCUGAAUGAGGAGUACAUAGAAUCUCUAUGGCAACACAGGGACCCGGAAGUACAUGCGGUUGUGAUUGGAAAUUGGUCUUUCAUCGAAUCCGUUCUGAAAGAGGCGACGAUGUUUGAUAGGCAACCGGAAAACAUACGGAGAACAGCGCUGUACGCCAUGUCUUAUUGGGUGGUGUAUACGUACCGCGGGGAGGAAGCCAACAACAACACAGGGGAUGAUGUACAGUUCUGGUCUGAUGUAGCCAUGGACAAUGUGCUACUCAUACAGAAAACGACAGCAAACAAGGCUGAUCUGUCGACUUUAAUGUGGCGAGAAAACAACACUAGAGAAUUUGAAAAAGUCGAAAUCGACUGGAACGACAAGAUGGAUCUGUUUCCAAACUCACAUUUUGGAUUCAACGGGAGACAACUGCUAACAACUGCUGUCCAAUAUAAAGGUUAUGUGGAGUUGAGCGAGAAAAAUGGAGAUCUGGUGAUAGAAGGAGGCGUGUGCGGGGACAUUGUCAAAAUUCUGUGUAAUAAACUUAACUUCACUUAUCGGGUCAUCCCACCGGAAGACGGGCAGUGGGGGAUAUUGAAGGAUGACGGGAACUGGACAGGGAUGAUCGGGAUGCUUCAUAGACGGGAAGUGGACAUAGCAAUGGUACCACUGACAGUCCAAGAGGACCGCAAAAAAGUGGUGGACUUCACCAUUCCAUUCUUUUACUCCAACUUCGGGUUUAUUAUGCGCAUGCCGGACCCAAAGACAGUGAAAUGGCGGAUCUACCUGGACAUGUUUACCUCCGACGUCCUUCUGUCAAUAGUCACUGUUCUGGUGCUGGCCAGUUUACUACUGUACACAAUGGAACAUCUGAGCUGGAUCUGGAACGGAAGAAAUCCUUCCGAGAAAAAAGAGCUCGCCGAUAUUGUGGAGUACAUUUACGGUGCACUAGUGCUGCAAGCUGGUCACCGACUGCCCAGUUCUUCCAGUGGCCGGGUAUUCACGUGCAUCUUCUGGAUCUCGUGCGUGUCGCUCGCCGCCGUGUACUGCGGGAGUCUGGUCGCCAGCAUGGCGCUGGCCCGCAGGGAGAAGAUACACUUCGAGACUCUGGAGGAUCUGGUGUCUCAAACCGAGUACAAGUGGGGCUACGUAUCGGGGACCUACUUGGAUUCUGUGCUCCAGAAAUCAAACAUUGAAGUUUACCAGAAGAUCUACCAAGGUGCGCGUCAAUUUGCGACAGAAGAUCAAGAGGUGUUAUCCAUCAGCGGUGACGUUCACUUCCGGAAAUUGAUGACGGAGAAGUACGUGUUUAUCUCCCCUGUUCCACAUCUGCAGACGGUCAGUUUCUCGGACUGCCGCUCCCUGCUGUCCACCGAGAGAUUCGUGGAGGACAACAGUGCGUUUGGCGUUCCCGAGGAUUCACCGCUCAAAGAGAUAUUCUCUCUCAAAUUAGCUCAGUUACAAGACAGUGGAAUAUUGGGGAGCAUCCACCAGAAAUACAAGCUACAGAACAACUGCAGCGAGGUCAGCCAGCUGCUGAAUCAACACACCAUCAAACCAGACGAUGUGCAGACAGCCUUCUUCAUCCUUUUGGCAGGGAUUUUCAUUGCCAGUGGCGUGUUGUGCUGUGAAUUUGUCGUGUUUUGGUGUACAAAGACUCUGGAGACUAAAUUUUCUUCAAUAGAUUAGAGUAUGCGAUAGAUAGCUGCACACUUACUAUUUACAGAGAUAUUCGCCCCAUUUUAAUUCUUCCCCUUUUGCCCUCGCUGUCAGCGGGCGACUCGACAAAUUCCAAUGUCUCAAAUUAUAUCUUUUUAGAUUUUAACACACCUGCAAGUGGGUGAAUUCAAAAUGGGGCAAGGUUGUUUGCAAGUUUAGAAGGGACGAAAAUAACCCUCAAUACAGUAUUCUGUUGAUAGCGAGAAAUACUUCGUUGUUGUUUUUUUUAUGAAACAAGAUUUUGGUGAUGGAGCUUACUUCAAAGCUAGGUUUGAA